CCCCGAUCCAGAGACGACAACCCGGUUCCCCAUUUUCUCUACUUCUAAACCCCACCACCGCCGCCGCCAUGGCCGACGGCGCCAACCCGACGCCGACGCCGACGUCCACGCCCAGGCAAAAGGCGGUGCCGGACUGGCUCAACAGCCCGAUCUGGUCCGCCCCGACCCCGCGCCACCGCUCCCCGCCCCGCGCCCCCUCCCCUCCCCCACCCCCACCUCCCAAGCCGCACCGCGAUCCGGCCCCGCCGCCCCCUCCCCCGCCCGCGCGGCCCGACGGCGCCACCUCCGACUCCGACUCGGACAGCGAGGCCGCGGCCACCUCGUCCCGGUCCCACCUCGUCGCGGAGUUCAGAGUCGCGCUGGAGAGGAAGGUGGUGGAUCUGGCGGAGCUGCGGCGGCUCGCGUGCCAGGGCGUGCCCGACGACGCUGGCGUGCGGCCCAUCGUCUGGAAGCUUCUCUUGGGGUACUUACCAGCGGAUCAUGCUCUGUGGGCGUAUGAACUGGAAAAGAAACGCUCCCAGUACAGGGCUUUCAAAGAUGAGCUUCUGGUUAACCCUUCAGAAGUUACCCGAAGAAUGGAAAUGACUACUUCCAAAAAGAAGGAACACGAUUCUGAAGGAACUGGGUUUCUCCCAAGGGCGGAAAUUGUCCAGGACGAACACCCUCUCAGCCUUGGGAAAACUAGUGUUUGGAACCAACACUUCCAGGAAUCUGAAACCGUAGAGCAGAUUGAUAGAGAUGUUAAGCGUACUCAUCCUGAGAUGCAGUUUUUCAAUGCGGGUUCUUCUGAUGCCUUGGCUAAUCAGGAGUCACUGAAGCGUAUACUUACCAUCUUUGCAAAGUUAAAUCCGGGUAUACGAUAUGUGCAAGGAAUGAAUGAAGUUUUGGCACCUCUCUACUAUGUUUUCAAGAAUGAUCCAGACCAAAGUAAUGCUGCAGAAGCAGAGUCAGAUGCUUUUUUCUGUUUCGUUGAGGUACUCAGUGGAUUUCGAGAUAACUUCUGCAAACAGCUUGACAACAGUGUUGUUGGUAUACGCUCCACAAUCAGUAGACUAUCGCAGCUCCUGAAAAGGCAUGAUGAAGAGCUCUGGCGACAUUUAGAGGUUGUAACCAAGGUUAACCCACAGUUCUAUGCGUUCAGAUGGAUCACCUUGCUAUUGACACAGGAAUUCAAAUUCCGUGACUGCAUUCACCUGUGGGAUGCGUUGUUAGGUGACCCACAGGGACCUCCGGACACCUUGUUACGGAUCUGCUGUGCAAUGCUAAUACUUGUUCGAAGACGGCUCUUGGCUGGCGACUUCACCGCAAACCUCAAGCUUCUCCAGAAUUAUCCACCCACAAAUAUUGACCACUUGAUACAUAUUGCUAACAAAUUGCGAGGGCUAGUUCCUUGUUGAACGAUGGCCUCUUUUUCCUUCCAAUGUUUGUUUUUUAUGUUAGUAUGAUGUCCAAAUAUUAUGCAUUAAAUAUGUAAAUUAACAGCAAUAUGCCUAUGUGGUGUGGCAGUAAAUUUGAGCCAUUUUUUCUUGCAA